AUGACUACGGGAUCACAGAGCUGCGACGACCCGCUCUCGUUCGUAUGGCAAUGGUGUCCCUCCUCACGCGCUGUGCAGCAUCGAAAGGUCAACUCUAAUGAGAUGGCGGAUGUAGCAGCUCAACCAGUAGAAGCCAGAACUGAGGUUGAGAGUAGCACUCGUGGUGUUGUUAACAACGAAAGUAAUCCAGUCUCCGCUCCAACUCAGCAACAGAGGUCAAGAUCCCAAACUUGGGUCAUCGAUGACUUCGAGAUAGGUCGUCCUCUCGGAAAAGGGAAAUUUGGGUCUGUUUUUGUGGCACGCUCGAAAGAAGAGAAAGUCAUAGUAGCUCUUAAGGUUCUUUUCAAGGAACAGAUCAGAAAGCACAAUGUUAUGCAUCAGGUGAAACGUGAAAUAGAAAUUCAGUAUCAUUUGCGCCACCCUAACAUACUACGCUUGAAAGGUUAUUUCCAUGAUCAACAAAGAGUUUACAUAAUUCUGGAGUAUGCUGACGGAGGCGAGCUAUACAACCGAUUGCGGAAGAAAGGAAAACUUGAAGAACCUGAAGCAGCUCGUUAUGUUCACCAAUUAGCGGACGCUUUGAGUUACUGCCAUGCUAAGCGGGUCAUUCAUCGUGAUAUCAAACCGGAAAACAUCUUACUUGAUCAAAGAGGCAACGUCAAGAUAGCUGACUUUGGUUGGGCUGUGGUGUCUUCUCACUCUCGUCGACAAACCGUCUGUGGAACACUUGAUUACUUGCCUCCGGAGAUGAUCGGUGGAAAAUCUCAUGACCAUACUGUGGAUAACUGGGCAAUUGGAGUUCUUCUUUAUGAAAUGCUCGUUGGAAAGCCACCUUUCGAAUUCCCAGAUCAACAGCAAACAUUGCAGAUGAUUAUGAAUUGCAGAUUCAUAAUCCCAUCAUUCGUUAGCGAAGGACCAUCCGAUUUGAUCCGGAAACUGGUUGUAAAGGAACCAAGUAUGAGGUUAACUCUCUCCGGAGUGUUAGCUCAUCCUUGGGUUGUAGGAAUGUCUAAUCACCGUACUCAUCAUCAGACUUCUAACUCUUCUGUUCCUACUGCAUAG